AUGCCUAAAAAGUUCGCUACCGAAAACACAAAGGCGACGGCAGCCCGAGAACGGAAAGCUGCAGCUAAAAAAGACGAACAAGAGCGGAAGCAAAAGGCAGUUGAAGAUGCAUAUUGGGCAGACGACGACAAGUUGGUGAAUAGAAAGUUGCAGCGCAAAGAUGAAGAGGAAAGGAAGCGUGCGGAAGCAUUGAGACGCAAAGAAGAAAACCGAAAACUCGCUGAGGCGGAGAUGAGCGAGCUUUCUUCGAAGGCAGCUGGGUCUCAGCCUCAAAAGGUUACAAGAGCUACAAUCGAUUCGAGAAAGGAGCUUGAGCUUCGUUUGCGGAUGGAAGAGGAGAAGCGACUGAAACUCGCCGCAGAGAAAAUUGAGGUGGUCGACCAUCUCGAAGAGAACCUGAACCAGUUAGAGGUGGGCACGGAAUCAGCUCGAACAGUUUCUGAAGCUAUUCAAAUACUCGGAGGAAGCAAUGAAGAGAUUGAUAAGCACCCUGAAAAGCGAAUGCGAGCCGCUUACCUUGCUUUCGAGGAAGCUAUGCUGCCGAAAAUGAAGCAGGAACAUCCAACGUACCGACUUUCUCAGCUGAAACAGCUUCUCAAGAAAGAAUGGCAGAAGUCACCUGAGAACCCAUUGAACGCCAAACUCAUGGCACUUUCCGCCAAAUAA